UAGGAGGGGAGAUGCUUUGCCCAGAUGGUCCAGGUGCACCUGUGAUCAGGUGUGGAGGUGGACUUUGCUUAGCUGGGGCCUGUGGCCAGGAGAGCAGCCAUCUGCUGUGGGAUGAGGGUCCAGCUCCCUGAGAGACCUUUGAAUGCUCAGGUAUAGAGGGGCAAGUAUAAACUCACCCCUUGGCAUAUACAGCCAGGAGAAUCUCUUCACUGGAUUUGAGUGAUUCGAUUUAUUCUCUCAGGAGAUAGAUGGAUUGCCCACUGGCAUGAGGAUCAUGGGAAGCUCUAGGCAUACCUGACCUCCCCAGUUUGUGGAGAGUCCCCUGUCCCCCUAAAGAUCAGGAUGGUGUUCAGAGGAAGAAUUCCAAACGGCAGAACAUCUUUAAUUUUUGAGCUACUUCUGAUAGAAUCUUUUUGAAACGGUUCUUUCUAGCCCUGGGUGCCAGAGCUUCUGAUUUCUUUGGUGAUUUUCGGUGGGUGUGACGUAAGUUUACAUGUCUAUACAGAGCAUUGCAGGAGGUUCUUUUGUCUGCCAGCUGCCACGGCCCCAAGUAUUUCCCAGGAUAAAUUCCCAUCGGUACACAUAGGGGGACGUGCUUCUCGCCAUGCACCCAUUUCUGGGAUUUCCUACCUUUUCAUCUUGACAUCCAACCCGAGGCUAACAGAUUUCCAGAUUGGACACCCUACUGCUUCUGGAAUAUUCCAUCAACAUAGAUGCUUUUCUGUAUGGAAGAUCCCUGGAAUCUGAUAUGCAGAGUUAGCCAUGUUAUUAUUUCAUAGCCUCCCAGUGUGCCAAAGUAGAGUACCAGGCACAGCCUUGUCUCUUAGGCUGUGUGAGCAGUCACCGAAUUGCCCUGACUUCUUUUUUUCCCAGCGUCUCAUCUGUGAACAUUAUUAAUUCUUCCAGUGGGCUGGGCACCUGGCACUUGGCAAAUGCUGAAUGGAUUGUAGCUCUGGCAACAGGCUGUGUCAUCCAGUGGAAGCCCGGCAGCAGCUCCUUGUAGACAUACCUUUUUGUUGCCCCUUCAGGGUGUGUGGAAUGACUGUGCUGUGGCCACAAGGGUCUGGUGAUGUCUCAUACCCCUUCCAAGGAGAGAUGUGAAAGGCUCAUCUUUCCCCAGCACUGCCUGUCUGUGUUUCUCACCGCCUCAAGGCCACCAAUAAGCCAGGUCAAGCCAGCCCACAUGGGUCUGCAGGAGGAGAGUCUACUCCCAUGAAACACCUCCCCAAAUUGCUGACCUAUAUAGAAACCAUGAGAGAUGCUGAAAGACUUGUUUAGGUUUGCAUGCCCCGGCUUUGUGCUUUCUGCUGAUUUCGUAGCUGUCUCCUGACCUCCACACGUGCUCCCUUCUGUAGGAUGGAUAAAUAAAAAUAAAUAAAUCGUAUUAAAAACUUGACACAUACAUACAACCCCUAGGGGUACAUACGUAGGAGAUGAAGCCAGAAGGGUUAGAAAUUAAAAGUAGUUCUUGGCUACAAAGCAAGUUCAAGACCACGUGCCCAUGUGGAAGGAAGAGCCUGUUGCCUUCCUCUGUGCUGGCUGUCACCCCUCAAGGCCACAGGUGUUCUGCUUUUAGAACCAACCACUCUGGCUGUAGCAGCCUCCGUUACAGGAUGUUUGCAUCUCAGGCUUUGGUGCCCCACACGACACCUCCCCUGGGGUCUACAGCCAUCAGGUUCAUGGUAAACACUUUUUGCUUUCCGUGAAUUGUCACUGAAAUCAUCCCACCUCCUUGGGUGUGGACAUUUUUCCAGUUGCUGUGUGGCCAUGUUGCCGAUGGUGGGAUAGUAUAUCCCUCGACCUAUCUCUUGCCUUUGGCUUUGUCUGGUCAGGUGAACAAAGCCUUCAGCUUUCUAGACCUGAGUCAUGUUGUUUCCUUUUCCUUUACUUUUCCUUCCUUUUCGUAAGACAGGGCCUCACUGUUUUGCUCUGCUGACCUGGAACUCACUGUGUAGACCAGUCGGGCCUCAAAUUCACAAAGAUCUAUCUGUCUCAGCCUCUCAGGUGCUGGGAUUAAAGAUGAGGGUACCACCGUGCCUGGCCCAUUGGUUUCAUUUAGCAUAUGAGGCACCAAUGGAUCUUUCUCAUCUGUCCUUUAUGAAGGACGAAUCCUUGGGGACACAGACUUAUGUGCCAUGGGGCAUUCAGUAGGUCCCCGAUUCUCUUGCAUUCCCAUGGAAAUUGGUUGCCAAUCUAGGUCGUUUUCCGAGCUACUCUGUGUUCUUGGCAUCUCAGUGGCUUCUAGAAUGUUCCGUGGAAAUGUGCCAGCUCCAGGGUGGGUGAUGGCACCAGGAGUGCCAGAAUGGUUUUAUAUGUGCAGCUGUCAGCAUCCCAGGAAAAUCUGUUACCCUCUGUCAGGCCUACCUGUUCUGGCUCUACUACUCCUGAACCUCCAGAAACUUCCAUUCACUACCCCAGCACAUCCCGUCAGGCUUCUGCUGGCACGGCUCAGUCACCCUUAGAUGGUCUCUGUCGAAUGUGUACCCCCAGCCCCGAGUCUGCCCCUUACUUGAUGUCAGUAAUGACCUUGACAUUUCAGUCCCCUGAGUGACGUUGGUGUUUUUGUGGCCACUGUGGCAGAGUGUUACUCAGCAUAUGGGCAAGGAUUGAUCAGACCUUGGGGGACUUCUGAACCUGGACAUUUUGAGAGCCACUUUUGAGAAAGACAACAUCAUUCUAUUGUGAAACCUGUGGCCCAGAGGUCAAAGAACCUGCGGUGGGCGAUCAGGUACUGAGAAAGCUACCAAGGUUGCCUGCUCUACUCAGCACUUGAGCCCUGGUGGGGGUCUAUCUUUCUGGAAGGAUCUGAGCCUCUCCUCCUUCCCUCAGAUCCUGAUGGCUUCAAAGUCCCAGCACAACGCUUCCAAAGCCAAGAAUCACAACGUCAAGGCUGAAUCUCAAGGACAAUGGGGCCGUGCCUGGGAAGUGGACUGGUUCUCCCUGGUCAGCGUCAUUUUCCUGCUGCUCUUCGCACCGUUCAUUGUGUACUACUUCAUCAUGGCAUGUGACCAGUACAGCUGCUCGCUGACUGCCCCCAUAUUGGACGUAGCUACAGGCCGUGCGAGUCUGGCAGACAUCUGGGCCAAGACACCGCCUGUGACAGCUAAGGCUGCCCAACUGUAUGCCUUGUGGGUCAGCUUCCAGGUGCUGCUUUACUCCUGGCUUCCUGACUUCUGCCACAGAUUUCUGCCAGGUUAUGUGGGAGGCGUCCAAGAAGGUGCCAUAACUCCAGCAGGGAUUGUAAAUAAGUAUGAGGUGAAUGGGCUGCAAGCCUGGCUCAUUACCCACUUCCUCUGGUUUGUGAACGCUUACCUCCUAUCCUGGUUCUCCCCCACCAUCAUCUUUGACAACUGGAUCCCGUUGCUAUGGUGUGCCAACAUCCUGGGCUACGCUGUGUCCACCUUUGCAAUGAUCAAGGGGUACCUGUUCCCCACCAGCGCCGAAGACUGCAAAUUCACAGGCAAUUUCUUCUACAACUACAUGAUGGGGAUUGAGUUCAACCCCCGCAUCGGAAAGUGGUUUGACUUCAAGCUGUUCUUCAAUGGGCGCCCGGGGAUUGUGGCCUGGACUCUUAUCAACCUGUCCUUUGCUGCCAAGCAGCAGGAGCUUUAUGGCCAUGUGACCAACUCCAUGAUUUUGGUCAAUGUCUUACAGGCCAUCUAUGUGUUAGACUUCUUCUGGAACGAAACCUGGUACCUGAAGACCAUUGACAUCUGCCAUGACCACUUUGGAUGGUACCUGGGCUGGGGAGAUUGCGUGUGGCUGCCCUACCUCUACACACUGCAGGGCCUGUACUUGGUGUACCACCCUGUACAGCUCUCCACCCCCAACGCCUUGGGCGUCCUGCUGCUCGGCCUGGUGGGUUACUAUAUCUUCCGAAUGACCAACCAUCAGAAGGACCUGUUCCGCCGGACAGAUGGACACUGCCUCAUCUGGGGCAAGAAACCCAAGGCCAUCGAGUGCUCCUACACGUCAGCCGACGGGCUGAAGCACCGCAGCAAGCUGUUGGUUUCAGGCUUCUGGGGUGUGGCCCGCCACUUCAACUAUACCGGAGACCUGAUGGGCAGCCUCGCCUACUGCCUGGCUUGUGGCGGCGGCCACCUCCUCCCCUACUUCUACAUCAUCUAUAUGACUAUCCUGCUUACCCACCGCUGCCUCCGUGAUGAGCACCGCUGUGCCAACAAGUAUGGCCGUGACUGGGAGCGCUACGUAGCCGCUGUGCCCUACCGCCUGCUGCCUGGGAUCUUCUGAGGGCCACCCUGGCAAGCAGAAAGAGGCGUCAUUGAAUGUGUGGAGUUGGGUGCAUGGGGGCCAGCGUCCGGCUUUCCCCUGCAGGGGCCUCCUUGGUUUGCUCUUCUGGAGGAUGGAGAGCCAGGCGCCCCACAGUGUCUGGCUGGUGGCAGCUAGAGCUGAGUUCACACUGAUGCCCCAGCAGAAUGACUGGUUCUCCCUGUUCAGCAUCCUGAGGGCAGAGGACCUUGGCCCUUUCAUGUCUGUUGGAAGCCCACCAUCUAUGUUGUCUAGAUAGCUUAGGCUUACCAGGUGUCUCCCAGGAUUGGGCCAUCCUGGUAAACUGGAGACAAUGUAGGAUCUAAAGAGUUUGGCAAUGUCACCUUCACUCCCACCUGCAAUGGUGGGCUGGACCCCUUUUUCUGUCUGUAGUGUGAUCAGCAGAGGGUUCAGGGGCCAUUGAAGGAGGAAGGCUCUUUGUUUAGGUUCUUUACUGUUUUUACCCGAGGAAUGCCAAGCAGCGGACUGGAAUAUCCCACUCUGCACAUCCCUGGCUGACUUGAUAAAGUCUGUCUGACAUAUGAGAUGGGGUUCCCAGAACUCCCCAAGUACCCCAGCUAGCAGCUUAUCCAUCUCCCCUCUUCCGGAAGGUGCUUCUUGUUUACCCCUGAGACUUGGCUCAGAGGUGAACAGACUUGGCUCUGACAACCCAGAAUGUAUCACCAGUUAGUGGCCUCAGCCACACCUUCCCCAACAGGAGAACCAGCGUUGGGGAAGGAAUCCAUUCUCAUUAGUGACACUGCCCCCCAAAACUCAGGGUUAUUUUGUAAAACUAGAUAGGCUCAUGUUAGCCUUGCAAGCGGUUCUUUGUAUUAAAUCUGCCUUGUUAAAUGAG